CAUCCGGCUCGUAGGAAGUGCUAAAAAACCUAAAAUACAGUUUCUACCCAACUUAUGUAAUGACAUUUCUUAACACGUCAUUAAUCUACGUUAUUGUGUUGGACGGACCAUCGAACCCCGAACCUGCAGUUUGAAGCUUUAGCUUCGAAAAUGGAGGCUGGCAGCCUCGUUUCACCCAAAGACGAUAUUUCUUCGUUGUUUCGUGAGCAAACACCCAGUGUCAAACAUAAUGACUUAAGCAGCCAGUUUUGCUCGGUGAGAAAAGUGCGCGGAGAUGGAAACUGCUUUUACAGAGCUUUGUGCUUCGCACACCUGGAAUCGGUUCGACGCAACGCCAGAGCUUUGCAGAGAUUCAAGGAGAAGAUCAUUGAGAGCGGAACAACUUUAUCUUGUGCUGGUUUCGGUGAGAAUUCCUUCAAGGACCAUCUAAACACAGUAAUCUACGUUACAGAGCAGUGUCAAGCUGAUGAGCGAGAAGACACACUCCUCCGUCUCUUCAACGAGCAGAUGACCUCUGACAGCGUGGUGCAGUAUCUCAGGCUGGUCACAUCGGCACACCUGCGAAACAACGCCGACUUCUUCUGCCACUUUGUGGAGGCGCAAAACCUACAAGUCUACUGUAGUCAGGAAGUGGAGACCAUGGCAAUGGAGUGUGAUCACAUCGAUAUCUUGGCUCUGACGAAGGCUCUGGAUGUUGGUGUCCACAUCGUCUCGAUGGAUGGCCAUGAAGAGCGUUUAGCUCACCACAUCAUUCCAGAGGGAGUUGAACCCUCCUUUCAUCUCCUCUAUCAAACAUCCCAUUAUGACAUCAUUUACCCACAUCCUCAACUUGAACCUGACUCAACUCAGGAUCAGUGACUUUGUAUAAAAAAAAAAA